UACGGAACCGGAAGUCGAGAGGCGAACUUUUGUGUGCCGCGAACACUGCAGAUAGACACCUGUAUGUGAGCUCUGUGGAUGAAAGUCUGCGAACAUGGCUUCAGUUGGAACGUCAAGUAGAGUGUCAAGCGGCCGGGAUCUGAGCUCUGUUCCUGAAGUGGGAGAUACCCUGGGAGCUGUUGCACGCCUUGGGUUUGAUUUUCUCUGCAUGCCCAUAUUUCAUCCUCGUUUUCAGAGGGAGUUUACUGCUAAUCCAGGCAAAUCUCGUCCUGGUGCCCAGACUAGGUCUGAUUUGCUCUUAUCUGGAAGAGACUGGAAUACUCUUAUCGUUGGAAAGCUGUCCCAUUGGAUUGAAGUUGAUUCAGAUAUAGAGAUCACACGGAAGAACUCUGAAGCUGCUCUCAUCCAGGAGCUAAAUUUUGCUGCAUACCUCGGGCUUCCAGCAUUUAUGAUCACACUCCGACAAGAGAACAAUGCCAAUCUGGCACGUUUGCUGCUCAACCACAUUCAUACAGGGCACCAUUCUUCCAUGUUCUGGGUUCGUGUUCCUUUGAUGGCAUCAGAAGAUGUACGUGAUGAUGUUAUUGAAAAUGAUCCUAUAUCUUCUAAGGACAACACAGUGGAUGAGGAGAAAACAUGGAUGUGGUGGCACUCUUUUCGAACCUUGUGUGAUUAUAACAAGCGCAUCUGCUUGGCAAUAGAGAUUGGUCCUGAUCUGCCUUCAGAUACUGUGAUUGACAAGUGGCUUGGGGAACCAAUAAAAGCUGCUGUCUUGUCUACCAACAUUUUUCUGACCAAUAAAAAGGGAUUUCCUGUAUUAUCCAAAUCUCACCAGAAAAUUAUCUUCAGGUUAUUUAAGUUAGAGACUCAGUUUAUUUUUACGGGUACAAACAGGCAUUCAGAUAAGGAAUUCCGCUCAUACUUGCAAUACCUGGAGUACCUAAACCAGAAUCGACCAGCCCCCAAUUCUUAUGAGCUUUUCUCCAAAGGUUAUGAAGAUUACUUGCAGUCUCCACUUCAGCCUCUUAUGGAUAAUCUAGAAUCUCAAACCUAUGAAGUAUUUGAGAAGGACCCUAUAAAGUACUCACAAUACCAACAGGCUGUUUACAAGUGUCUGCUUGACAGGGUACCUGAAGAACAAAAGGACAGUGUUACACAGGUACUAAUGGUACUGGGCGCUGGCAGAGGACCAUUAGUUAAUGCCUCUCUAAGAGCUGCUAAGCAAGCUGAUCGUAAGAUUAAAGUGUACGCUGUGGAGAAAAACCCAAAUGCUGUAGUAACGCUGGAGAAUUGGCGUUUUGAGGAGUGGGGUGAUCAGGUAACAGUUGUAUCAUGUGACAUGCGUGAGUGGGAAGCACCUGAAAAAGCUGACAUUAUUGUUAGUGAGCUUUUAGGAUCAUUUGGUGAUAAUGAGCUAUCUCCAGAAUGUCUUGAUGGUGCUCAACACUUGCUUAAAGAGGACGGAGUGAGUAUACCCUGUUCUUAUACCUCAUAUCUGGCACCAAUCUCAUCUUCCAAAUUGUACAAUGAGGUGCGGACAUGUCGUGAAAAGGACCGGGACCCAGAGGCACAGUUUGAGAUGCCCUUUGUUGUUCGUUUGCACAACUUCCAUGAGCUUGCUGAGCCAGAACCAUGCUUCACCUUUCAUCAUCCCAACAAAGACCCAAUCAUUGAUAACAACAGAUACUGUGUUCUCAAGUUUCCAGUGCAGUGCAACACAGUUCUUCAUGGUUUUGCUGGCUAUUUUGAAACAUGUUUGUACAAGGAUGUCACACUGAGUAUUCGUCCACAAACUCACUCUCCUGGGAUGUUUUCUUGGUUUCCUAUUCUUUUCCCAAUAAAGCAACCAAUUCCCCUUUCAAAAGGGACAGAUGUCUGUGUCAGAUUUUGGCGUUGCAACAAUGGCAAGAAAGUCUGGUACGAGUGGGGUGUGACCUCACCUGUGUGCUCUGCAAUUCACAAUCCAGCCGGUCGCUCAUAUACCAUUGGUCUCUGAUCUUCUUAAUUCUGUUUCCUUCUACCGCACAAGGCUGUGAAGAACUGGCCCAACUUGUUACCAUCAUACUGUGAAACUCCAUGAAAUGGAGCCUAUGUCACAAGUAACAUCUUUUCUAUACUGUAUUUGACAUGUAUGUUUUUAUGUUUCAUGAAGGUUGGCAGGUUUUUUUUUUAAUAUGCUUCCAACACUGAAUAUAAAUUACUUAUGUUUAAA